AAGAAACAGCAGAGCCAUGUGAGACACGCGAAAAAUUGCAUAGUCGCGUGCUGCCAGACCUUCGUCUGUGCCCUCGUUGACCUGGUCCAGCGAAUUUCUUGGCGUUUCGGCCUUCAAAGCGCCAGGUACCUUCUUCCAGGCAGGACAAUUUCAAAUUUUCAAAGCUGGCAAACGCGGUGCGUUCGAUGUAUCGGUUCAAGGGCUCCAAGUACAAAAAUGCUCUACCGAAAGUGCCGAAGAAAGGCGAGGGCUGGGUUUUGGAUAUCGCGGUCGGAGCUCCCCAGUCCUUUGGAAACCACAUCAAAGCGAGCGCUCUCUUCAAAGCGUUCAACGUAGAAAAUCGUGGUGGAGGGAGCCUGGGUGUUCUCCAAAUCGACGACACCGGAAAGAAAAACAAAAACUGUCCGUUACUGCACGCGCACACAGAUUUCGUCACGGAUUUCGAUUUCUGCCCGUAUGACGAUGGCCUGUUAGCUACAUGUUCCAUCGACUCCACAGUAAAGAUAUGGCGGAUUCCAGAAGAGGGAAUCCCUCCAAAUUCUAUCCAAGACCCAGAAAUGGUUCUUCAAGAGAAGCUUCGCGUCGAGAACGUGGUAUUCAACCCGUCAGUUGACUGCUUACUCGCAACAGCCGCAGAACGCACCGUUCGUCUUUGGGAUCUCACUAAAGGGAUAGCAAUAUCGUCUUUUACGAAACAUCAAGAAGUUAUCCAGAGCCUGAGCUGGAAGGCUGACGGAAGUCUGGUUGCGAGCUCUGGACGGGACAGGAUGUUGAGGAUAUGGGAUCCCAGGUCGCCUAAUGGAUGUCUUGAAGCAAGUGGUCACGCGAAUAACAGGGAUUCGAGAGUCUUGUGGCUGGGGGACACCAACUACGUUCUGUCAUCCGGACUUGGAGGCGCACGAGAGAGGGAGGUUACUCUGCGGGACACUCGUUCUAUCGACGUGCCCUGUGCCACGGCAUCGGGAGAGAGCGCAAUGGGGAUAUUCGUGCCUCUGUACGAUCCGGACAGCAACAUGCUUUUCCUGGUCGCAAAGGGAGACAACACGGUCAACUUUUGGGAGCUGACAUUCAGGGAUCCCUUUUUCCUCGAAGCUUCGAAAUACAUGGGCGAGGUUCAGACCAAGGGUGCAGGACUAGUCCCAAAGAGAGCGCUUAAGGUCAUGGAUUGCGAAGUCAACAGGGUGCUUCUGCUGGGACAGGAGAGCAUUGUGCCUUUGUCGUACCAGGUACCCAGAAAGACAUACCGAGAUUUUCACUCCGACAUUUUCCCGGACACACACCCAGCGAGUCCUUCCAUUACCAUCGGUGAUUGGUUGGAGGAAAAACCGGCAAAGGAGGUGCCGAAAAUCAGUUUGGACCCAGAGAAGCGGCCCAAGGCUGGCAUUGUUCGGAUCAAUCACAAGCUUGGGUCUGGGCCAGUGAUUGACGACGUGCCCAAGGUAGAUGAGAACCGCGGAAAGACGUGGCGAAGGCCUUUCAAGGUGCCCUCGGCUCCACCGACGCCAGCUCCCAGGAAGAAAGUAGCCAGCAGACAGGCUACUCCGCUGAGGAGAGAACGUUCGCAGGGCGCCAUUUCUAUGAGUAGUAUGAUGUCGCAGACGCCAGCAGCAUCGAACUUUUCGAUUAUAUCUACCAGCAGCGUGUCCAGUGCUUUUCCAGUAGCAGCACCGCGGGUAGCGGGUCUCGUCCGAAGGGAGUCAUCGCGUAACGACGGACGUGUGUUCAGGGUUCGCAUAUCCAAGUUUCGUCACCUGAACGGUACGCCAGGCCCACGGAAUACUCACAUCACCAAUCUUCCACCGCUGUGCAAGACCAUCCCUGGCGAAAGUGAAGGGUUUCGGGCCAACACUGAGCGUGUCGCCCUUCCACUAGCUAUUUCAGGAGGGCAUGUUGCUGUUCUUGAGCUGUCGAAAAUGGGCCGCCUGCAGUCCGGGGUGGUGCCCAGCCUCAUAUGUGGAACGAGCGUUAUGGACUUCGCUUGGGAUCCUUUCAACAACAGCAGGAUUGCUAUAGCGUGCGACGACGCUCGCGUCCGGAUCUGGACCAUCCCCGAAGGCGGGCUGACGCAGAGCCUGACGCAGCCGGUCGCGGAGCUCAAAGGCCACACCGAGAAGGUGACCUUCGUCAAAUUCCACCCGACAGCCUCCGACGUCCUGGCCACGGCCUCGCACGACCUGUCUCUCAUCAUCUGGGACUUGGCAGAUCAGGAGGCCAAGCUACGCCUACUUGGUCACACCGACCAGAUAUUUAGCCUUGCCUGGAACCCCGACGGCACAACUUUAGCAACGAUGUGCAAGGACCUGACGCUGCGCGUGUUCGACCCACGCAAUAGCGAGGAGCCCGUCGUGGAGGGCCCUGGUCCUUCUGGAACGCGGGGCGCACGCGUUAUCUGGGCGCUGGGAGGGACGCAUCUGAUAACUUCCGGGUUCAACAAGGUGUCUGAGAGGCAGGUCAGCCUGUACGACGCCAGCGAUCUCUCGGCACCUCUCACCACGGAAGGUAUCGACGUCAGCCCAGCGAUACUGAUUCCCUUUUACGACGAAGACAGUUCCACGCUCUUUCUCACAGGAAAGGGCGACUGCACCAUAUAUACAUUUGAAGUGGCCCUCGAUCCACCCUGCUUCUUUCCGUUGUCUCAUUACAAGAGCAACAGCCCCCACCAAGCAGUCUGCUUCUUGCACAAGGCUGCUUGCAAUGUCAGCGAUGUGGAAUUCGCCAAGGCAUACCGUCUCACGGGCAUCUCCAUCGAACCCUUAUCCUUCAAAGUACCCAGGCUCAGGUCUCAACUAUUCCAAGACGACCUGUUUCCGGACACGAAGGUCACGUGGGAACCGACGAUGUCUAGCCAGGAAUGGUUCGCUGGUGAAACGCCAUCUGUCCGCACGAUUUGUCUGCGACCCGCCGGAAUGGAUUUGUUGUCCGACGCUCCCAAACCAUCAUUGGCUAGCGUGUCAAGGACGCCGGAUGUCAGUCAGCUGACAACAGCCGACUCAUCAUCGUAAACUUCCGGUGGUAAAUAUAGAAGGGUGACCCAUAUUAUUCCCGGACAUUUUGAGCCAGCAUAAUGAAAACAGCAUUGUUUCA